ACCCCCUCUAUAAAAACUGCCCCACUAUCACAACUUUCUUCUACCUUCACUUCUCUUCUUCUUUGCAAGCCAUUCUAGAGAGAGAGAGAAGAGAGAAGAGAGAGAAAACAACUGCAGAAAGAAAAAAAAAAUGGCGAUCGACAACAAAUCCCUCGGUAUAAUUAGCUCACCUCUAAAAAAUAAAAAACUCUAUUUAGCAACACAAAUUUCUCUGAGAGUUUUGGCCGUUGCUUUCACUCUUGCUGCUGCUUUGCUUAUGAUCUCAAGCAAGGAAACUAAGGUGCUUUACAGUAUUUCCGUCGACUCGAAAUACAGCUAUUCUCCGGCUUUCAAGUUUUUGGCAUAUGCAAAUUUUGUGGCGUUUGGCUUCUCAAUUCUGUCGCUAAUUGUUGCGUUUGGUUUGGGGAAAAGAGAAGUGAAUUCGACAAACUAUUUCUACUUGUUCCUGCAUGAUUUGAUAAUGAACGUCUUGUUGAUGGCGGCGUGUGCGGCGACGACUGCCGUAGGCUACAUCGGAAAAUACGGCAACAGCCACACGGGAUGGAUAGCGAUUUGCGACCAUUUUCCGAAAUUCUGCAACAGAGUCACAACUGCUGCAACGAUGUCGUAUUUGGGAUUUAUUGUCUAUUUCAUUCUCACCAUAAUUUCUGCUAAGCAAUCUCGACAAAUCGGAGCUUAGAAUUUGAUGACGAAAAUUCAGUUAUUUAAAAUAUUUGUUUGUCUCAUUAAUAUUAUUUUUGUUUUAAAUUUGGGAAUUUUUUAAAGAUAUGAUAUGAUUGAUGUACUUUAAAUUUGUUUUGUCUUUAUAUGAUGUCAUGUGACUAAUUGGCCACGUGAUUUGAUUGGUUUCG